UUUCAGUAAAUCCCUGCAAAAACAUUAACGGGAUUCACCGUGUUUUUUUCGCACAGUGUGGAGUGCUGGGUACAGUAUACACUCUGAGGUACAUCAUAAAUAACAGGUAGCUGCAGUGCAAAAGUGCCCAAGGAGAACAGAAUUGUCACGAAAAGCUCAUCGUGAGCUGAUUUCGGGUCACAUGUGACCUCAUAUGUGCUCAAAUCGUGACGAAAAUCCAUCACCUGCAGCUCACGGUGACCUUUUCGUGACGAUUCCGUUCUCCUUGGGUGGGAUUAGGAACAGGCAAAGGGAGAAGGGGGUUGCAUAGGGGUUAAUGACCCUAGGGCAAGGGCACCUGGCUAUAGGUCCGGUGAACCCUUGCCCUCGUAGACCGCCCCAGGGCGUUGUACACCCCCGCGGAAGGGCUGCUGGUUAUAGGUCGGUAGAACCCGGCCCCGGGGGUUCUCUCAUACUCUGUAAAGACGACCGGCUACCGGUUUAGGUUAGGUCUGAAAUCCAACGUCUAACUCACUGGUGGAUAACAUAACAGCAAAGUUAAACAAACAAAAACUCUUCAAAAAUAAAAAUAAAUAAAAUAUUCUUAACCUAUUUUAAGACCACGGGUAGAAUAGAAAAACUUACCUAAGAAUGUGUGUACAUGUUAUUUGUAACGUCUGGGAAAAACUUAAAACUUCUAAAAUGUUGAAAAAUAUCUCAGAAGAUUCUUUGUACUCUGUCUAAAAAGUUUGCUAAAGUAAGUUUUAGGUUAAGAGCGAUUGCGUGCGGCGAACCUUAGGCAAAUAUUUGAAGAUUUCGGCUGCAGGCACAAGCUGAGAAGGUUCUUCAUGUUGGGUCAUCAACCAGGGCCUUGCGAUGCAACUGUAACGCUUCAAGAUCUAAUAAUUCAAUAUCCUAACGCUCCCAAAACGAGCCAAUCUUUAGCGUCCUUCCUUUGCCCCUGGCCUAACCUGCUGCCUGGAGCAGCCCUUCCUUGUCCGGCGAAGUUCUUACUCGCCGACAGGGAUGACUCCCUGAUUGGUCUGGAAGAGGGUCGGCUGCCUGCCCUCUGCCCGCCCACGCCAUGCUUCGACGAGACUCUGGACGCACAGCCGCCCGCCCUGCCCUGCUUCUCCAGCCCUGCUCCCGGCCAGGACGUCCUUGGCUGAGCACUUGCCAAGUGCCUCUUGGGCAGAGAUGCGGCUUUUCUACCCAUCUCCGUCGACAAGUGCUUUCAGCAUGUUCCGCGGGAGUUCACCAUGCUGUCACCACUCGAGGACCGAGUUCACCAUGCUGUCACCACUCGAGGACCGUGAGGCGUCUGCGCUGCGAUGGUGAUGUUCAUCAAGGCUCCUCCUUUUGUCUACGCUGCAAAUCCAGAGUCUCAUCCAUCGUAGUCCAAGAGGCGUGCGAGUCUGCGGGGAUGCACAGUGGGCUUACAUGUAUUACACACCAGCUCAAGGCCUUUGUGGGUGCAGCCAGGACAGAGAUGUAUGUAUGUAGGGACUGUUCUUGGUUAUCUUGGAAGUAUGUAGGAUAA